UCUGUGCCCAGGGCUGUCAGCUGGCUGAGGGCUUCCUGGGACGUCCCCUUAUCUCACCCAGCAGACAGCUCCGCACACGCCCCCCCCAGCUGCACCCUCAUUCCGCCAUUCCAGCCAGCACCACCAUUGUCGGAGCCAUGAGACCCCAGCGGCUCCAACAUCCCUCUCCCGGGGGCUCCCUGGCGUGGCUGCUGCUUCUCCUGGUGCUGCCAGGGGCUGCGCAGGGCUCAUUUGAGGUGAGCGUUUCACCGGAAGCUCCCAUGGUGGAGCACGGAGGGUCCGUCUGGAUAAACUGCAGCACCACGUGCCAGGAUCCUGAUGCCAACGGCAGCCUGGAGACCUCGCUCACCAAAACCGAUAGUAAAAGUGGACCUGGGUGGGCGGCCUUUCUCCUCGUCGGUAUCACGGAGUGGGUGUCGGCCCCUCAGUGCUACUUCACCUGCGAUGGAGAUACGAAGGUGGCGGCUGCAAACAUCUCCACUUACCGGGUGCCGGAGCGGGUGGUGCUGGAGCCGCUCCCCGAGAUGGAGCUGGGACGGGCCUAUAACCUGACGUGCUGGGUUCUGAACGUGGCUCCCGUCACGCACCUCACCGUGACCCUCCGCCAGGGGGGACGGACCCUGCACACGGAGACCUUCCAGAACCAUACUGGGACUGGACCCGACGACGUCACAGUGACCCACGAGAUCACCCCUUGGCGCUGGGACCAUGGGCAGGAGAUCACCUGCCACGCAGCCCUGGACCUGAUGCCACAUGGGCCCCACUUUGAAAACAGCUCCUCUGUGGUGGAGCUCCAGGAGGCCGAGAGCCUGACGGCUAAAAUAAUCGCAAUUUCUGCAAUUGCCACCAUAUCGGCCACUCUGCUGGGCAUUCUGGCCUGGGGGCUGGUUCAGCGGGACAGGCCCCGGAGAAAGGCCAGGCCAGAGCCCAGGGAAGCAACGUCGAGCCAGGCCAAUUUCGAAAUGGCCCAGGCCAGCACAGAAGAUGCCCCAGAAGAAGGAGGCAGCUUGAAUCCUGCUGAAGACGCUUCCCCAUAGAGCAGACGGCAGAGCUCAGGCAGGCAGCGAGCAGCUGUGUGGUGCCAAGCGGCAGCCGCUCAGACGGGAGAUGCACAGAGACUAUGGGACAGGGUCCAUGUGCUGCAGGGCAGGUCGCGGUGCUUCUAGUGAAUGUUGCCAAGCACUCCCCCGUUUCCCAUGCGUCUACCUCUGCCAGACUUUGACCUUUCAGACUGAAGUUCCUGGGCCGGGUCUGCUCCGGGCUGGGCUUUGAGGUGAAAGUCUCUGCAGAAGCAUUUGAGAGGGAGACUAGGCAGAAAUACAUUGCUUGCGCUGUGCUAAAA